GGUAAGAGGGAUACAGGAACUGCUUGGUUUUGGAAUCUGAUAGUAUUCCGGAGAUAAACAAAUGAAAGGCAAUCUAUAUUAAAGAAACUGUAAAGAACCGCUCAAGAAAAGGACCCAAAAAGGGAACCCCCAGUAACAGCAGCAAGUUGUCACCAGUUUGCUAUGAAAUAAUUACCUUAAAGACCAAAAAGAAGAAGAAGAUGGCUGCUGAGAUAUUCCCAAGUAAAAAAACGGGUAACAGCAACUCAAACUCUGUCCAGCAAUAUCACCAGCAAAAUCUUAACAACAAUAACACCAUCCCAUCACCGAACUGGCAAGGGCUCUAUGCUACCAUCAGAGAAAGAAAUUCUGUGAUGUUCAACAAUGACUUGAUGGCAGAUGUUCAUUUUGUGGUAGGACCGCCAGGUGGAACUCAGCGGUUACCGGGACACAAAUAUGUUUUGGCUGUUGGGAGCUCAGUGUUUCAUGCAAUGUUUUACGGAGAGCUUGCUGAGGAUAAAGAUGAAAUUCGAAUACCAGACGUUGAACCUGCUGCUUUCCUUGCUAUGCUGAAAUACUUGUACUGCGAUGAAAUUGACUUGGCUGCUGAUACAGUUCUGGCAACUCUUUAUGCUGCUAAGAAAUAUAUCGUCCCUCACCUUGCCCGAGCAUGUGUUAACUUCCUAGAGACCAGCCUCAGUGCAAAGAAUGCUUGCGUUCUUCUCUCCCAGAGCUGCUUGUUUGAGGAGCCUGAUCUGACCCAGAGGUGCUGGGAAGUGAUUGAUGCACAAGCAGAACUCGCUUUGAAAAGUGAAGGGUUUUGUGAUAUUGACUUUCAGACACUAGAAAGUAUUCUCAAAAGAGAGACUUUAAACGCCAAAGAAAUAGUUGUCUUUGAGGCAGCUCUUUGUUGGGCAGAAGUUGAAUGUCAACGGCAAGAAUUGACAGCGUCUAUUGAAAAUAAACGGAAGGUGCUGGGCAAAGCUCUCUACUUAAUUCGGAUCCCUACUAUGGCACUCGAUGACUUUGCCAAUGGAGCUGCGCAGUCUGGAGUAUUGACUCUAAAUGAAACAAAUGACAUAUUUCUCUGGUAUACAGCUGCUAAGAAACCAGAACUGGAAUUUGUAAGCAAAAUAAGAAAAGGGCUAGUCCCUCAAAGAUGCCACCGAUUUCAGUCCUGUGCUUACCGUAGUAACCAGUGGCGGUACAGAGGCCGAUGUGACAGCAUUCAGUUUGCUGUGGAUAAAAGAGUGUUUAUUGCAGGUUUUGGACUGUAUGGAUCCAGUUGUGGGUCAGCAGAAUAUAGUGCCAAAAUUGAAUUGAAACGUCAGGGAGUACUAUUAGGACAGAAUUUAAGUAAAUAUUUUUCAGAUGGUUCUAGCAACACUUUUCCUGUCUGGUUUGAGUAUCCUGUCCAGAUUGAACCUGACACUUUCUAUACAGCUAGCGUGGUGCUGGAUGGCAAUGAACUAAGUUAUUUUGGGCAGGAAGGGAUGACCGAAGUCCAGUGUGGAAAAGUAACUGUACAGUUUCAGUGCUCAUCAGAUAGCACUAAUGGGACCGGUGUACAAGGAGGACAGAUUCCAGAACUCAUUUUCUAUGCCUGAAAAAUAUAUUUUGCUUAUGAAGUUUGUACAUAUCUUGCACUUUUUUCUUCAUUUGAAUUAGAUCAGGAAGAGUCAGAAUGUUAUUUGUAUUUGCAGUACCAGAAAGAAAGCUAUCUAUAUUUGUUUUGUUUUGAUGGUGACACUUUUAUACAUAUAUUUCCGUUGUACAGCAAUAGUAUAAAAGUAAAGGCACUUUUAAAAAUCAUCUUUAAACAUUUCAUUAACUUUAAAGAUGGCUUUAAAGAAAAGUAUUUUGAUAACUUCAUUCUACCUAUAUAAUAUAAAUGAUAGGUUAACUACCUGAAGAUUAUAGUAGAUUUAUUUAUAUAAAAUGCAUUAAGAGAUUGCCAAAUCACAUUUAAAGGGACUUUUUAACCAGCUUGCAGCCAACCCCAGAUAUUUUAUAGGAAUAAUUCAUGGACAGUGGAAGGCACUGAUGUCUUUAGUACAUUCAAGCACAUAUGAAAUAUGGCUUCAAUGCAGAAAGCUGUCUUUUUGUUUAUUAUUUCAGACCCUUAGCUUUAAUAUGGCCCUUUAUAUUCUUUUAUUAGUACAAUAACGAAUUUCAGGUUAAAGGGGCUGCCACAAAAAUGGUAAGGGACACUACCUCUCAUACACUAAAAGCAUAAUCAGUAGUUGAGCUACUAAUAUGGUUUGUCAGUAUUGAAAAAAAAAUGUUUUUGUUUUUCCUCUUUUGCUUUCUUACAAUUUCAUGCUCUUGUACAAAGUUUUAUGAUACCAACGAGAAUCUCUCUUCCCAUAAAACAUAGCUGGAAUUAUAGCCUGACGUCAUUUUAACUAAAUCAGGAAGAAAAAUAAGACUAAUCUUAAAAAAUAUAGAUCUUAUUUUGUAAAUCUAGCCAUUCCAUAUCUUAUUAAUGAAUAUAUCUAUAAAUGACAUAAAUAAUGUAGUUAGGGAAGUAAAAUACUCAAAAAUGUGGGGAUUAUUUUUUAAUAAUAUUGUUCAUAUAUUUUAAAUCGUAAAAUGUAGUGUAGUUAAAAAAAGGAAAAUGUUUAUUGUUACUAAUUGGUUAUUUUCUUCACGUUUACAUAAUAUUGCAAAUAAGUUAUUUUGCUUUCUAAAUUUCUGGUCUAGUUGGAACAGUGAAACUACAGGGUACAUUGUUGGUAUAUACUUCUGUUACAAUGUAUAUGCGCAAAUAUGUGAUUAUUUUAUGCCAGGAUGACAUGGAAUUAGUGGUUUAAUGUGUUACGCAUUAUGUUUGCAGAACAUAAUUGUCUUUUGAAUUUCUAUUUGUCAUUCUUUUAUGAAAAUUAUUAUAAUAAAAUUAUCCUCAUCUUUGUAAAA